GCGCUGAAGUACGCCUUCCAAACCAACGACCGCCUCUGCUUCGUCAUGGAGUACGCCAACGGCGGCGAGCUUUUCUUCCACCUCUCCCGUGAGCGCGUCUUCUCCGAGGACCGCGCUCGUUUCUACGGCGCCGAAAUCGUCUCGGCCCUCGAGUACCUGCACUCGCGCGACGUCGUCUAUCGCGACAUCAAGCUGGAGAACCUGAUGCUGGACAAGGACGGGCACAUCAAGAUCACGGAUUUCGGGCUGUGCAAGGAGGGGGUGACGGACGGGACGACCAUGAAAACGUUCUGCGGGACCCCCGAGUACCUGGCGCCCGAGGUCCUGGAGGACAACGACUACGGCCGCGCCGUGGACUGGUGGGGGCUGGGCGUGGUGAUGUACGAGAUGCUCUGCGGGCGCCUCCCCUUCUACAACCAGGACCACGAGCGGCUCUUCGAGCUCAUCCUGCUGGAGGAGAUCCGGUACCCGCGCUCCCUGGGGCCCGAGAGCAGGGCCCUGCUCGCCGGGCUGCUGAAAAAGGACCCCAAACAGAGGUUGGGCGGCGGCCCCGGCGACGCGCGGGAGGUGAUGGAGCAUCGCUUCUUCGCGGGCAUCGACUGGCAGGACGUGGUGCAGAGGAAGCUGGUGCCGCCCUUCCGGCCGCAGGUGACGUCGGAGGUGGACACGCGGUACUUCGACGAGGAGUUCACGGCGCAGAGCAUCACCAUCACGCCACCUGAGAGAUAUGACCACCUGGGCUCUCUGGAGCGCGACCACCGGACGCAUUUCCCGCAGUUCUCCUACUCAGCCAGCAUCCGGGAGUGACCUGGGCGCAGCUGGGCACACCUGGGCACACCUGGGCACACCUGGAGAUACCUGGGGACACCUGGGGACAGCUGUGUGUGUGUGUGUGUCUCACCCAAGGACAUCUGAGGACAUUGGGGCUCACCUGGGCACACCUGUGUGUCACACCUGGGCACACCUGGGCUCGCCUGUGUGUCACACCUGGGCUCACCUGUGUGUGCGUGUGUCACCUGGGCACACCUGUGUGUCACACCUGGGCACACCCGGGCUCGCCUGUGUGUCACACCUGGGCUCACCUGUGCGUGCGUGUGUCACCUGGGCACACCUGGGCUCACCUGUGUGUCUCACCUGGGCACACCUGGGUACACCUGUGUGUCACACCUGGGCACACCUGUGUGGCACACCUGGGCUCACCUGUGUGUGCGUGUGUCACCUGGGCACACCUGGGCUCACCUGUGCCCCUCCCCCCACACACCUGACCCGCCCAGCUGCUCCAGCCCCGCCCCUCCCCCCGCCCCCCAGGAUUUUGGGGCGAAUUUUGCAGCUUUUUGGAAAAAAACCACGAGCGUGGCCUUGAACCCCCGGAGCUCCCGGUUCGAACCAGUUCGAACCGGUUCAAACCAGUUCCACCCCCCCCAGUUUGUCCCGGUCCAUCCCAGUUCAAACCAGCUGGACCCAGCUGGGGGAGAGGGGGCUGGAGGAAACCCCCCGGGACCCCCCCGGGACCCCCCCGGCCUCACCUGGGACUCACCUGGAGACGUCUCCAAAUCCCCCCAGGACUCACCUGGGGCCCCUCCCCCACCCCCGGCACAGCUCCGGG